AUGCCGUCCAAAGUGGCCAAGACAGCACCAACGCAUGUCAACGGCAAGGCGUCAACUACAUCAGCAGCAUCGACGGAUGUCGAACCAACUUCCAAGAGAAGACGACAGCGUUCCGCCAGCAAUACCGAUGCAGGGAAAGGCUCCUCCUUUGCCACACCUGUCUCUCGCAAGGUCAUAUCGCGAAACCGGCUGUUUGCACCCUUCCGUGCCCUGGGCUUGAUCAGCAACGAUGUUCCUUUCGCACUUCAGACCAGAUUCGGUGGUAAAGAUGCCACAACGCCGGAUGUGAAUGUCAUCACCUGUCUAGGCGACAGCUGGGCGAUGUGGGAUGCAGAGAGGAUGACUCUGCUUUUCGUGUCGACGUCGUUGCCCGCGCCCAUCUCGUCGCUUGUCAUUUCGCUGAGCCCAGAUGCUGUGCUUGCUGCAGCAGGUUCCAAGGUGUACCGAUUCAAGCGCGGAAAGGUGGAUGCUGUCUACGAUACCGUUGACAGCCUAAUGGCGCGCUUUGAUAAGCCCAAUGCACAACAACGUGACCAAGGUGACCAUGUCUCAGACCUGGAAUCAGAUUCAGACACCGAUUCAGACGUAUCGACGACGGCCGCAGAACUGCAGGAAGAACAAGGAACGCAGCUGUCUUCUUUGAUUGUCUUCGGAGAUACCAUUGUCGCACUAUCCUCUAAUGGACGCAGCGUAUUUGUCUGGUCGAUUGCAAGCACGGAACUGGUCCGGCGUAUCGACCUUCCCGGCGAUUUCGUGGCCAGCUCACUUGUCCACCCUGCCACUUACCUCAACAAAAUCUUGAUUGGAUCUACUGGUGGUCAACUGGCGCUCUGGAACAUUCGGACCGGAUCGCUCGUCCACAUGUACAAAGCAGAGAGACUUCGACUUUCCGCUGCUGGUCCUAUCUCGGCCGAAUCCUCUGCUGCUAUAGUCAACCUGACUCAGUCGCCCGCUGUCGAUGUGGUAGCAGUUGGAUACGCCGAUGGGCACGUUCUCCUGCACGACAUCCGUCUCGAUGAGAGUCUCUUUGCGAUUCACGCGUCAGGUGGACUUUCGUCCGGUUCCGUCUCCUUUCGCUCCGAUGGCAAGCAGCACUCGGUCGCCAUUGCCACCAACUCGGGCAACAUCAGCAUCUUUGAUCUUGAACCUGCCUCUGGCUCUGGAACAAGCUCGGCCAACAAUGGUCCCAGGCUAACCUACUCCAUUCAGGACGCUCACGACGGCGCUGUAGGCAGCAUCGAGUUUGUGCCAGGCCAGCCUUUGCUUAUUUCGUCCGGUGGCGACAACAGCUGCAAGCAGUGGUUCUUCGAGUCUGCUUCCAUGCCGCCGCGUCUUCUCAAAGGACGUUCGGGCCAUCAUCAGCCCCCUCACCUCAUCCGCUAUUAUGGUGAAGAUGGCAAAGAGAUCCUUUCUGCCGGUCGUGAUCGUUCGAUCCGCAGCAUUUCGGUGGUUCGAGACUCACGCUCACACGAGCUCAGCCAAGGAGAGCUUCAGAAGAAGAGCAGUCAGCUGUCCGUGUCGGUGUCUUCGCUCAAGCUCCCCGCCGCUAGCUCGUUGUCCUUUAGCUUGACCCGGAGUCGUGAUUGGGACGAUGUGCUCACUACGCACCAAGGUCGACAAUUCGCCAACACUUGGACCGUUCGGGACAAGAGGAUGGGCAAGAAGCCACUGUCCGCUUCAGCGCAGCGCAAGAUCAUCGCCGAGGCUAGAACGGCUUGCGUCAGCGCUUGUGGCAACUUUGGCCUUAUCGGCAACUCAGAAGGCCUUGUCGAGGUAUACAACAUGCAAUCGUAUGCGCACCGAAGGACGUUCGACACUCGUCCGCUCGACCCAAUGGGGCCUGCUAAGGCGAAAGAAUUUCCGGCAGGCUCCAGAAAGGCGCAGGCAGCGCUCAAUGCCCGUGUCAAGGGUUCGGCCGUGACGGGCGUAGCUACGGAUGCGCUCAACCGCUUUGUCAUCAUCAGCACCAUGGACGGCAAGCUUUCGUGGUACGAUUUCACCUCGACCGAGUUGUUGCAUCGAACCACCAUCUCAACCUCUGGCAUCUCGUCGAUCCAACUUCACCGAGAUUCCAACCUUCUUCUCGUAAUUUCUGACGACCUGGUGGUGAGACUCGUAGAUAUCGAGACGCGCCGCGUGGUGCGAGAAUUUGUCGGCUUCCGCGGUCGCAUUCUCGACGCUUGCUUCAGUGACGACGCACGAUGGAUCAUCACAACCUCAAUGGAUGCUGUCAUUCGCACUUUUGACAUUCCCUCGUCCCGUCUCAUUGAUGCUUUCAAGGUGGCCAGUAUAGCUACCUCGGUGACCUUCUCGCCCACAGGCGACUUUCUUGCAACAGCCCACGUGGACAGCGUUGGAAUUUACCUGUGGGCCAACAAGUCACAGUUCUCGCCCGUCGCUAUGCAAGGUCUUGACGAGCUUGCCGAAGUGGUGGAAGAGGAAGAGGAAGCUACUGCGGUGGCUUUGCCUACAGUACAGGGAGAUAUCGAAGAUGCAGCCCUGGCUGAGUUCUCCGAGACGAUGCUGCAAGUGGGAGAGCCCGAGCUGCAGCGCGUAUACACCUCGCCACCGCAGCUGAUUGACUCCACGCGUGAAGAAGGCGGAUUGAUUACGCUUUCUACGAUGCCUCGUGCUCGCUGGAUGACCUUAAUCAAUCUCGACACGAUCAAGCAGCGCAAUAAGCCCAAAGCACCGCCAGAGAAGCCAGAAGCAAACCGAGCCCCUUUCUUCCUCCCUCAAACCGUAUCUGGCGUUGAGUUCAAGUUUGAUCCCACAGCAUCCACGGCCACUCAACAAGGCGAGGGACUCGACAAGAGCGAAAAGUCCAAUAUUUUCUCAUCCGGCGGGAUCAGCUUCAAGACCGAGUUUCAGGAGCGACUCGAAGCUGCAUUGGAGAAGGACGACGCAUCCGGCUUCUUCUUGUACCUCGAAACGCUUUCGACGCCGCAAUUGGACAUUGAGAUUCGAUCGCUCACGUCCAACGAUGAUUUGGUGGCGUUCUUGACGAUGCUGCUCAAGCGGCUUAAGCAGCAUCGUGAUUUUGAAGCGGUGCAGGCGCUGCUGGCAACUCUGUUGAAGGUGCAUACCGAUUUGAUCUUGCAGACCUUCAACCCAGAAAUCAGCAACGAUGGACAGGACGGCCACGACGAUGAUGAAGGUAUGGACGACGACGAGUUUGGAGCAGUGGACGAGGAAGAGGCCAAGAGGCUGAAGACGGUGAUUCGAAAGCUAAUUCGCGCACAGGUGGCGGAAAGCAACCGUCUCAACGGUCUGCUGGAUCACUGCCUUGGAACUUUAGCCUUCUUGCGCGGUCUGCCCAUGACCUGA